GCAGCAAGAAAUCCCAUUAACACCCUGCCAACAACCACCCACAUUUACAUUGCUGCUCGGAUUGUUACUUUCAACAUUAUUCUGCUUGAAGUUUACCUUCCAAUCUCCAGCUAUUCACCAGAAACUCACAAGCACCUUUCAUAGCGACGAUUUCAUAUCUACGGUUCUUGAGAUGGCGGAUACCAGCAACACCUCCGUGGUAGGCAUGGAGGUUCUGAUUUCACCACCUCAACCAGUGACUCAACAUCUGCUUCAACUGGGGUCACCUCCGCCUCUGCCUCAACCAGUAACAGUUACCUUGCAUCAUCCCGCUACUAACAGGGAGCUAACAGCCAUCUUUAGUAGCGACGUCUUGAUCUCUGAAGUUCUGAAGGUGGCCGAGGUGUACAACAGCUCCGUCAUAGGCAUGGAGGUGCGGAAUGUGUCUCAACCUCCGGCCAGUCUGCCUCUACCUGUGUCUCAACCUCCGGUCAGUCUGUCUCAACUUCCACCGCCUCUGCCUCAACCGGCGUCACCUCCAAUGCCUCUGCCUCAACCAGUAACAGUUACCUUACAUCAUCCCGCUACUAACAGGGAGCUAACAGCCACCUUUAGUAGCGAAGUCUUGAUCUCUGAAGUUCUGAAGGUGGCCGAGGUGUACAACAGCUCCGUCGUAGGCAUGGAGGUGCGGAAUGUGUCUCAACCUCCGGCCAGUCUGCCUCUACCUGUGUCUCAACCUCCGGUCAGUCUGUCUCAACUUCCACCGCCUCUGCCUCAACCGGCGUCACCUCCAACGCCUCUGCCUCAACCGGCGUCACCUCCGCCUCUGCUUCAACCGGUGUCUCAACCUCCGGCCAGUCUACCGGUGUCUCAACCUCCACCGCCUAUGUCUCAACCGGCGUCACCUCCAACGCCUCUGCCUCAACCAGCGUCAACUCCGCCUCUACUAAUUUGAGUGUUUCUUUCAUCCUCAUGACUAUUCUCCAUUUGGAUUGGAGAUUCUAUGAUUUUUUUACUUAAAAAAAGAGUAUGAAUUGUCAUGAAGCUUCAAACUUAAUGCAUACUCUAGUUAGAACUUAGAAGCAUUCAUUUUAUUCUAUUUUAU